GGUGUUUUCCUUCAUAUCUUUAACCUUGGGGAUACUCUUUUUUUUUUUUCUGUUUUAGGAAUUUCUCUGUGACCCAAAGUUCAGUGAUGAAGAAGAUCUGGAGGAGAAGUUGGCAUUGUUCAAAGAGAAGUACAUGGAGUUUGACCUGAACAACCAAGGCGAGAUUGAUUUGAUGUCUGUCAAAAGGAUGAUGGAGAAGAUGGGGGCUCCGAAGACUCACCUAGAACUGAAGAAGAUGAUCUCUGAGGUGACUGGAGGGGUUAGCGAGACCAUCUCGUACCAGGACUUUGUCAACGUGAUGCUUGGGAAACGCUCUGCUGUGCUUAAACUGGUCAUGAUGUUUGAAGGAAAAGCCAAUGAAAGCAACCCAAAACCUUCUGGUCCGCCUCCAGAGAGAGACAUAGCCAGCCUCCCUUGAAGAGGACAGGCUGAAAAAUUGGCACUGUUCGCUUUGCUGGUCUGUAACAGAGGUUACCUGUGCUUUGUUACUCUUUACUGUGAACAGUCCUAGUUUUCAACUAACCUGCCUUAGAGGAACAGCAAGGGAAGCUGGAGACCCCCAGCUCACGUCUUUCUGCUGCAUCCCUUAGCCAACUCAAUUUGUUAGACAGAAGCUGUAGCACCACGUGUAAUGUGAGACCAAAAAAAAUAAUC